AUGACAGAAGAUAAACUAAAUUUAAUAAAAGAUUAUCUAAACGAUUUAAACAUGUCGUCUCAAAAUUUAUGUAAUAUAAAUUACUACAACAGUCUUCCUAAGUUUAAAAAGAUAAGCGAUAUAAAUGAUAAUCCAAUUUUGAAUUGUCUAAGAACAAAAUAUAAUGAAAGAAAAAAACACACACCAAAUCAAAAUGACCAAUUCAAAAGUAUAGACUUUGAAGGUUAUUCAACAAAUAUAGAAUCAGAAAGUAGUAUUUCUUUAGAACAAACUCAUGAUUAUAGUAGCCAAUUAUCUGAAGGUGAAGAAGACAAAAAUAGAGCAAAAAAAAAAGAAAAAAAAAAAUUUCAUACAAAUAGUGAAAAGCCAAAAAAAAAAAAAAUUAUAUUUUCAUUUAAAAAAAAAAAUGAAACUAAAGAUAGUAAUACUAGUUACAUUAAAAAUUUUGAAAUGAUAUCAGAUCGAAAUGAUCAUCAUUUUGUAGAAUCAACAAAUAAAAUAGAAAAACCUCUUAUAUUAAAUCAGGUGAAUAUGUCAAAAUUUUGUAAUAAAAAUUCUUCCAUUUCCUGCGCCAAUGUAAAUUAUAAUAAAAAAGGAGAGGAAAUGAAGGGAAAUAAGAUGAAUAUAAUAAACGAUGUUAAUCGUAUUAGUAAUUAUAAUGACAAUAAAUAUAAUAAGAAUAACAACAAAUCACCAAUCUAUAGUCACAUAUCAGAGUCACAAUAUUCCAAUAUAAAUAAUGUUGCAAAGAAUAAUAAACAAAAAAAACAAAAAAAUAAAAAUAAAAAAACAAUUUUAAAAGAUACAUACAAUAAUAACAUAGAAGAAUCGAAUAAUAUGGAAAAUAAUUUUUGUAGAGGGAUACGAACAAAUGGGGAAAAUAAAUAUAUAACGCCAAACAGAUUAGAAAUAGAAGACAGACAUAUAAAAGGAAUAAACAUUAAAAAAAUGACAAAGCGACAAAAUGCCACUUUUUCAAAUGAUCAUGAAAAAGAAUUAUUCCAAUAUUUAAUUAAAGAAGCAAACAAAGAAAUUGAGAAAAUUAUUAUAAAAAUCGAACAAAAAUAUAAAAAUGAAACAGCUUACAAAAUAAAUAAUAUUAAAAAAGAAUAUGACGAAAAAUUAAGAGAGUUAACAGAAAAUGAAACUGUACUAGUAAAAAAUCGUAAUAGUAAAGAGAAAAUGAAAAGUCUAGAAAAUACUAAUUAUAUAUUAUUAAAAGAAAUCGAAAAAUUAAAAAAAUAUAAUGAAGAAACUAAUAACAAUCAUUUCCAAAAAUAUGAAAGUAUAAAUAAAAAUGAAUUAAACACAAAAAAAUUAAAAGACAAAGUUCAGACAAUGAGCAACCAAAUAGAAGAAUAUGAAAAAAAAAUAAAUAUGCUAAAUGAUGAUUUGAAUACAAAUUAUGAAAAAUAUUUUUAUUUUCAAAAUAAAUGUGGAAACAAUGAAAAGGUUAUACAACAAAAUGAAGAAGAAAUGAUAAAUCUCAAAAAAAAACUGGAAAUAUCUGGAAAAUCGAAAAGUGGAAUUGAGCUGGAAUUAAGGCAACUUCAAGAUAAAAACAUAAAAGUAGAAAAAGAUAACAAUAAUCUAAGGGAAGAGUUAAAUAAAGCAAAAGUUAAUGUGUCUAUUUUGAAGGAACAAAGCAAUGAGGAACAAAGAAAUAGUGAAUACUUGAUCUCAUGCUAUAAAGUGGAGGAGAAGAAGUUAAAAGAGGACCUCGAAAAUUACAAGAUAAAAUAUGCUAUAUCAGAAAAUAACAAAUAUUCGAAAACUUUAGAACAAAAGCUCAAAAAUAUGGAAAUUACACUCAAAGAUGUGGAAAAUGAGAAGAGUAUUUACGAGCGGACAUGCUUAAAAUAUGAAAAAGUAGAAAAAAACUUGAGGGAAGAAAUAAAGGAUCUAAAAAAUGAAUUAUAUGAUUGUAAAAAUAAAUUACAUCAAGUAAAUAAACCAAUUUCCCCACCAAUUCAAACUAUCAUGUUUAACGCCAAUCCGGAAUAUGGAUUUUCGCAAGAAAAAGAAAAUGAACAUAAUAUAGACAAAGUUCAAGAAAGAGAAGAAUUUAAAUUGGAUGAAAUUCCAAAAGAAUCAGACAUUACCGAAAAAAUAAAUUCCAUAGAAAAGCAGCUGAUCUUGUUAAAACUAGAAAAGAGUACCAAAGAAUCAGAACUUAUUCGAUGCCCUAAAUAUGGAAAAAGAUCAGAAGAAAUUAAGAAGAAGGCAUGUUUAGAACAAAAACUAACAUACAUUAAUGACAAAAUCAACAUUCUUAAUAAAAAUUUAAAAUUGAUAAAAAAUAAAAAAUAA